GAGUUUGUGGAUUACGUGUUCCACGGCGAACGGGGCCGCCGGGAAACGGCCAACCUGGAGCUGCUGCUGCAGCGCUGCAGCGAGGUGCAGCACUGGGUGGGCACCGAGCUGCUGCUCUGCGAGUCCCUGGGCAAGCGCGCCCACCUCCUCAAGAAGCUCAUCAAGAUCGCUGCCAUAUGCAAGCAGAACCAGGACAUGCUGUCCUUCUACGCCAUCGUCAUCGGCCUCAACAACGCUGCCAUCAGCCGCCUGCGCCUCACCUGGGAGAAGCUCCCAGGGAAAUUCAAGAACCUGUUUCGGAAGUUCGAGAACCUGACGGACCCCUGCAGGAACCACAAGACGUACCGGGAGGUGCUGGCCAAGAUGAAGCCCCCCCUCAUCCCCUUCGUGCCGCUCAUCCUCAAAGAUCUCACCUUCCUGCAUGAAGGCAGCAAAACCCUCCUGGAUGGCUUGGUCAACGUGGAGAAACUGCACUGCAUCGCUGAGAAAGUGAGAACCAUCCGGAAGUACCGGAGCCGCCCGCUCUGCCUGGAGCUGGAGGCAUCCCCGAGCCAGCUGCAGACCAAGGCGUACGUGCGGCAGCUCCGCGUCAUCGACAACCAGAACCUGCUCUUCGAGCUCUCCUUCAAGCUGGAGCCGGGCGGACAGUGAGGGACCGGCACC